UCAUUUCGUGUAGGAUUCGUUUUGAAAUUUGACAGUAGAUCUGUAAACAGCACUAACUUCAGUCUUGCUUGCAUGCUCCUAUCUAGCCUAUUCCUAUAAUAAACUUGUACUUGUUAAAAAUGGAGUGAAAACAUUUAUUUAAAAAUUUUAUUAGAUUUACAAAAUAAUCAUGACAACUGUGACAUUGAGAGGGGUUCCCAUUAAUUUUCCAUAUGAACCUUAUACAAUUCAAAAGGAUUAUAUGGAAAAAGUUCUUGAUUGCUUACAAAACGAUACUCACGGUGUUUUAGAAUCACCCACUGGUACAGGAAAAACUUUGUCAUUGUUAUGUUCAACACUUGCAUGGAUGCAAUUAAAAAAAGCCCAAAUACAGGCCCAAAGAGCACUACAGUCUGAGGAGGCUCUGUUUUUAAAGCAAGUUAAUGAACAAAUAGAAGAUGUGGCAGGAAAGUCCUUAAAUGCAAGAAGUUUAUCGGGAUUACCUAGAAUUAUAUACGCAUCCCGUACACAUAGUCAACUUACCCAAUGUAUGCAAGAAAUGAAAAAAACGGCAUACAGUCAUAUGAAGGCAGUUGUUUUGGGUUCAAGGGAUCAGAUGUGUAUUCAUCCAGAAGUUGAAAAAGAAGAUAACAGGACUUUUAAGAUGACGAUGUGCGAAUUAAAGAGAAAAACAAGAUCUUGUAAGUUUUUCAACAAGGUAGAAUCAUUCAAAAUUAAUCCCCGUGUUACAAAUGUCAACAUUAUGGAUAUUGAAGAUAUUGUAACGUUAGGAAAGGGAUGCGGUUUCUGUCCUUAUUAUAUGUCCAAAGAACUAAAAGAACAAUCUGACAUUAUUUUUAUGCCAUAUAACUAUCUGUUGGACCCAUCUUUAAGAAAAUCUUUAAAUAUUAGCCUAUUAAAUUCAGUGGUAAUCUUAGAUGAGGCUCAUAAUGUUGAAAGAAUUUGCGAAGAGUCGGCUUCUCUUCAAAUAAAAUCUUCAGACAUAGCAUUAGCUAUAGAAGAAGUAACAACUACUAUGAAAAUGAUGUCCGAGGAAAAUCUUGGAUUUGAUGAUUCUCCCAAAGAUUUCGAUACUGAAGAUUUAUGUAUUUUAAAGGAAGUUUUUUUAAACUUGGAAAAGGAAAUAGAUAAAAUCGACUUAAAGGGAAAAUCUGCAGGCCUUACUCUAGAUGGCACUUAUAUUUUUAAUCUACUUGAGAGUGCAGGAAUCCGUCCUGAAAACUUUUAUUCGAUUGUAAAGUUAAUUUCUAACAUUGUCCAGUUUUUGGCUACAGCCAGCGAUGGUCUGUUUGUUCGUAAAGGCAAUAGUUUAAAAUUAUUUGAAGAUAUUUUUACUGUUGUAUUUUCUAGUCUAUCUAAAGACUAUAUGGAAAAAGUAAAAAAAUGUUAUAAGGUUCAUAUUCAAGAAGAAGAAGUAAAGAAAAAAAGGGCAGAUAAUUGGUUAUCAAAAAUGGUUACUUCUAGGGCAGGAGGGAAAAUAAUUAAUUAUUGGUGUUUUAGCCCUGGGUUUGGAAUGAAAUUAUUGUUGAAUCAGGGUAUAAAAUGUCUUAUACUAACUAGUGGUACUUUAGCUCCAUUAAAACCGUUAAUAUCAGAACUGGAAAUAAAUGUAGGUGUUAGACUAGAAAAUCCCCAUAUAAUUGGAAGCGAUCAAAUUUGCGUGAGAAUUAUACCAGCCGGACCCGACUCUGAACCUCUAAAUAGUAAUUUUCAAAAUCGAGAUAAUCCAAAAUACAUAAACUCUUUGGGCAUGUCGAUACUAAAUAUUACGAAAAUGGUACCGGAUGGAUUGUUAAUAUUCUUUCCUUCUUACCCUAUUAUGUUAAAAUGUCAACAAACCUGGCAACAAAGCGGAAUUUGGGGCAGUAUAAACAAUAUAAAGGCUAUUUAUGUGGAGCCCAGAGACAAAAACUCCUUCAAUACCGCCAUGAGCGAUUACUAUUCAAAAAUAAAAAAUCCUGAUUGUAAAGGAGCAAUUUUUAUGGGAGUGUGUAGAGGAAAAGUAUCUGAAGGUCUAGAUUUCGUCGAUGCAAAUGGUAGAACUGUUAUAAUAACUGGAUUGCCAUUUCCACCACUCAAAGACCCUAAAAUUAUUCUAAAGAGGCAAUACUUGGAUAGGUGUAAUGCAGAAAAUAAAGAGUUCCUAAGAGGUCAAGAAUGGUAUAGCUUAGAAGCCUCUAGAGCUGUAAAUCAAGCCAUAGGAAGAGUGAUUCGUCAUAAAGAUGAUUACGGAGCGAUACUUCUACUUGAUAAUCGAUUUAAUGGUUUGUCAUUGAAAAGUCAGAUGUCACUGUGGAUUAGAAAUCACAUUAAAGUGGUCAAGAAUUUUGGAGAAUUAUUGCGAGAGUUAAAACUUUUCUUUAAUGCAGCUGAUGUUAAGUUUAAACCGGCAACACGUUUCGAUUAUUCUUUACAAAAUUCUACACUAGAAACGGCAAGUUCAUCAGAAAAUUUAUUCCCCACUGGGGAUGUUACGAUUCACAAAAGGAACAAACCCGAACUUCAGAACGGUAGUAAAAAGAUAAAACUGACAGUUGUACCAAAUUCAAAGCAACCCGCAAUAGUUCCACUAUCAUCUUCUACAUCUACAGAAUAUAUAAUUAUGGUUAAAAAAAAUUUAGAUGGUGCUACAUUUUUGGAAUUCAAGGAAGCAUUAGAAGCCUACAGAACAUUUAACAGUUUGAACAUUUUACUUUCGAGUUUAGAUAAGAUUUUUAGAAAUAAAACGCACUUAAAAUAUCUAAUUCCUGGAUUAGAGACUUAUAUAAAAAUUGAUCAUAAGAUAGAGUUUAGUGUUUAUUGUCAAAAUAAUGGACUACUUUCUUAAAUAUUGCAAAACUCGAAUGUUCAGUUCAAUAUUUGGUAAUAUUAUGUAUUUUUCAAUUUGUAUUAGGGAUUUUCAUUUUUUUAUUUAUUUUAUAAACAAAAAUAUAUUGCACAAUUUACAUUUCCUUUUGUUUCAUUUUGAGUUGACUCACUCCAAACUACUUGGUUUCUUCUUAUUUAUUUAGUAGUACUUUUUAAACUGGUGAAUAAUUUUGUACAUCUUAAGUUGUGGCAUAGUUCUAACAUAAAGUUGGAUAUGUAGGCAUCUUUUUCAGAUUUCUUAUUUUCAAAUAAAACAAUAAGGUAUAUGGUUGGUUCCACUGUAGUAAGAAUGUACGUACACUGAUCCU